AUGCGUUGCACGCUUCCGCUAUGCUCAAAGGGGUUGUUCUGGAGGGACUUUCCGAACACCCGUUUGGUUACGUUGAAUCGUGAAAAAGCGCUAAAUGCUCUUAACCUGGAGAUGGUGAGGGAAAUGUCUUUGGCUUAUUUCCACGAACACCACCCGAAGGGGGACAACGCUCUGUUUGUUGUGAAGGGCAUGGGUGAGAAAAGCUUCUGUGCGGGUGGCGAUAUCGUCAUGAUUACUACAGACAACAGCGUAGUGAACGAGUUCUUUUACCGGGAGUAUCAAUUAAACCAUCGUAUCCUCACUAUGCCAAACCCACAAGUGUCAUUAUGGAACGGCUAUGUGAUGGGCGGAGGUGUUGGCAUCUCAGUUCAUGGUCGGUAUCGUGUGGCGUCAGAACGCGCUAUUUUUGCCAUGCCUGAGAAUGGUAUUGGGCUUUUUCCCGAUGUGGGCGCCUCCUGGUUCCUGCCGCGGCUGAAAUUGCCUGGUUUUGGACUGUACCUCGGCCUCACGGGGGGACGUGUGAAGGGAGCGGAUUUGGUGCAUCUCGGUCUCGCCACUCAUUAUGUCCCCGCCGCCUCCUUCGAGCAACUGGAGGACCGGUUGUGUCAUAUCGAAGACUCCACAAAAGUCGAUGCGUGUUUGAACGAAUUCGCUGUGAAGGAUCUGCCACCUUUCACUUUGGAGGAACACCGCCCUCUUAUAGAAAAGGUUUUUACGCUGAAGGAUACCUCUACGGUGGAGGAUGUUAUGGGGUCGCUUGCUGCAGACGGUGGUGAGUUUGCACGCACUGCCAUCUCCACAAUGGAAAAAUUAUCUCCAACAAGUCUUAAGCUCGCCCUGAAGAUGCAGCAGAUGGGGGCGAAGGCAACAGAUCCUGCAGAGGUUUUCAGCACCGAUUACGUGGGUGCCAUUCGUACUCAUGCCUGUGGUGACUUCCCUGAGGGAGUGCGGGCUUUGCUUAUUGACAAAACAAAGGAUCCCAAGUGGAAUCCUGGAAAGCUGUCAGACGUAACUCCCGAACAUUUGGCGAAGUUCUUUGAACCCUUGGGGCCUGAUAUGCGGAAAUGGCAUCCCACAGAGCCGUACUAG